GUAAAUCUGGUGCGCCGACCUCUGCUCAAAAUAAACGGUACGGCAGGUCUAAGACUUACAACAACAAACCGUGGGCUCUUGACUGGGUAGGCGGKUUGCAUAAACCGGGGKGUGGGGCUGUUAUCUUCUUGAGCGAUGACAAUGGCGCCACUUGGUACUGUUGUGGGGGUGUGGAGAAAUCUGAGGCGGGCAGAAAGACCUACGAAGGGAGGACGUUUAGGACCUUCUUCCUCACGUCCGCCUUCGACAGCGCUGGGACGGACUGGGUCAAGGAAGACAAGAAUGUCUCCCUUGACCUGCGUCUCUUCCUAAGAUACGGCGUCAAGGCUUUCUCCAUGAAAGCGUUUGACGUGUGUGGGGACGGAACUGAAUUCCGAAUGCUUUCUCCGGAAGAAUUUCUCAGCAAAACAAAUGCCAACCGCGUCACUGGCUGCCUUCCUGUUGUCGACACUUCUUUCCGGAUGAGCAAACCUUUGGUCCAAUUCAACAGUCCGAUGGACCUGCUGCCAGGUGUGGUUAAGCGGUACAGGGCAGACUUCUCGAAGCUGCCGCCUGAUCAGCAAACGGACUGUGUUUUUUUGCACUUCGAGGCGGGUUCCAAGAGCAGGCGACAAACGUCGUCCGCGACGACAGGGAAGACAAAGCAGUUGCCGGGUGGGCCGUCGGGCGCGAAUCUUCCCUCGCCCUCCGUAAGGGGAGGUCGUGAUUUGGCUCAAGGUUCAAGCGAGGCAAUGGAGUUUGAUGACAGGCUUCUGCACCAGCGCAAUGUUGGCCGUGAGAAUUCCCAAGGCAGUGCAAUUGCCCUGGACGAGGACAACAACGAGGAUGAGGAAGGAGGAAGUGCUGGGCCGCAUGACGACGGCGGUAAUGAAGUAGAUGUGGAAGUUGGGGAUGACAACAUGGAGGACCAGGGCGGGCUUGCUGACGAGGACGCCGACACGCCAAUGCAUGGUCAUGACAUCUCCCCCGCCGGCGCUGUGGGAGCCGCUAUUGGUCAGCCCUCGACGUCCCAUGGAAUUUCGCUAUCGCAAAGCAGGAGUAAGGGUGGGCACGACUCACAUGCAAUGCAAGGACCGAAGGCGAGGAAAAGAACAAGGGAGACUUCUCCGUCUGCUUCUACUCACAAGAGGCAAGCCAGGACUGACGCUGUUAAUGAGGCUCGUGGAGCUUUGACAGCGUCCCAGGAGGCGCGGCCUCCUCGGAAGAACAGUCAAAGGGGGCGAUCUGGGGGUCAAGGCGGUGGCCGUGGGGGCGGUGGCCGUGGAGGGGCGCGGAAAGGCUCCCAGAGGGUGAGACCACAAGAGCUGUGGGACUCGGGGGAUGAGGGCGAGGGAGUGGAUCCUCACAUGCCCGAAGAUGUUGAUGAGCCGGCUCAGCGCGUCGCGCCCAUCGACACUACGCGUUGUUUCUUCCUCGAAUACGACGACCAAGGCUUUGCUACGCAAGACGUUCAUGCUCUUCACGUGGACGUCAUGAGAAUCAAACGCAUUCCCCGCGGAAGGAUUCUUUUCAACCACCGCUCGUUGUCGGAAAACAUUGUGCGAGGCAUCGAGAAUGCCAUCGAAAGCUUUAUCAGCACGGACCCGGGGGCGUGGGAUAGGCUCGAGCUCGUGCUUGCGCCAGUUGACCGCAAUGACAUUGCCGGCGGCCAGGGAAGACGGAUCACGCCGACCGAAUUCUUGGAAAGGGACCCGGCAGAGUUCGACUGGUACGCUGUCUGUGGUCAGCAUACCGUUGAGGCCAUGAAGAGAUUGGUCAGAAAGGGCUCCCCGGCAAUUAAAGUUUAUGGCCUCAACGCGUACUCUAAGGUGCGGGUCGUCUAUUUCGGAGAUGAUCAAACACGAGGGUAUUUCAAUGUCUCCUGCUUCGACAACACACGCGAAAAUCGCUCCAUGAUGUUGUCAUUCGAGAACGCUGUCCGUGACAUCAGGCAAUGGUGGAUAGACAACAAUAGAAUCGAGGCCCCGAAAGCCAAGGUCAGCGAGAAGGAUGAGGUGGCCGUUGCACAUCAGAAGACGUGGCAGAACUUCUUGAGGGCCUGCAUGAGAAAGGCAUGCGACAAGGCGUUUGUAAAUACUCUCCGACAGGUGGACCAUGAUUUUGACAUUAGCCAGUAGUAUCCUCUCAUGUUAGAAGGGGUGGAGGCCUUCGGUAGUUGUUUGAUCCUGUAAAGCGCCAAGGAAGUCCAAGGCAAUCUGUGGUUAGUAAGCAGUUUCACUAUCCAGUGCACUUAGUUUGCAAAGCUUUGGUCUGUGUGAGUGGGUCCAGAAUUCCUAGACCUCCUCGUUCCUUAGGUUGCGUGAGAUAUGCCCAGGUAACCUUAAGAAUGAAGCUCUGGGUGAGGAUUACCAGUCCACAAAUAAGUUGUGGAUCGCCUUUUGAGAGCACUUGUUAUCCGUGGCUUUGGCGUCCAAAUGGUUGCUGCGUACCAGAGCAUCGAAAAGAUGGAACCAUUAAGUAUCAACGCUCUUUCGAACACUGAGGUGUAGAUACUUGACCAGUUAUCUAAUUUGCAGAGCAUUCGUAUAAGCUUCUUUGGUGCCAUAGCAUGGUCUGGUCCUGCGUCUAUGAGGUUGAUCCCAAUGAACCGCAACGGUGUCU